GGUCAGAUCAGGUCGCCAGAGCGCGGCGCCUCUCCACUGGAGGGGCGGAGCGCAACGUGUCUCUGUUGAUCGCUGCAGACCGGUCCUGGAAGCACCCAGCGGCCGACGCGCUAGCGCCGUCCUGUCGAGUGGAUCACGGUCCUGAGUCCUGUCACGAACCUGUCACGCUGUCGGGCCGGCGUCGGCCGUGGCAGUUGACGAGUUGUCUGUGACCUGUGACGGACUAUCUGUGACCGGUGACAGCGGAGUGACGGAAGGUGACGGGGUGACGGAAAGUGUCACGGUAGUGACCGGAAGGAGACAGGGAGGUGCUUGUCCUCUUCAAGAAGUGAUAACAUGAAGAAGCAUGUGGUGCGAGGUCUGGUGCUGCUGAGUCUGGCACUCUUCAAUACAUCUGAAACUUCAGCUGCGGGAGCUGCAAACCCGGCACUGGUGCCUGCAUCAGCGUCUGUUCUACCUCCCUCGGAAGAAGUGGAACAUGGUCGUCCCCGGCCGCGUGUUCGAAGGCGCCCUUCCAGCCCCGUGGCGACGGCGAGGCGGCGGUGGGUGACGGCCUCUACCCUCGGCUCGUCUCCGACUCAGGAGGUGGACACCGAUACGGAACUUCCGUCGUCGGGGAAGUUUGUGAUCCACAACGGGGUGGCAGCGAUCUUCACCUCACCCGACUAUCCGGACGAAUAUCCCGCCAACGUCUGGACGACGUGGAUAUUUGAAGCGCAGGACGAGGACGCCAAGCUGCAUAUCAGCUGCCCGGAGCUGUCCCUGGGUCGCCGGUCCCGGCUCACCUUACGCACUGAGGACGGAGAACGUCAGGUGUUCUUCCACAAUAGUAUAUCGCCCCCGGCACUGACCUCGACCAGUCGGGUCACGGCCUCGCUCCGCGCCGGGCGCACAGACAACGGCAAAAUGGCGUGCGUGGUGCGCGCCGAACUGACGCCCCAGGUGUCUCUGGAAGACCUGGCCCCCGUGGAGGUCAAUGACCCGCUCUGCGGCCGGGCCAAGCCGAUCACACGCAUUGUUGGCGGGGUCACGGCAGAGAAAGGAGCUUACCCGUGGCUGGUGGGAGUUACGACCCGCAGUCGAGAAGACAUGUUUUGCGGCGGCAGUAUCAUCAACGAGCGCUACAUCCUCACCGCAGCGCACUGCGUACAUGGUCGAAAGGUGUGGGCGGUGAACGUUCAGGUGAGGAAGCACAAACGAGGGAAGGAUGUGGACGAACUGCGCUACAAGGUGAAGCGGUUCAUCGAGCACCCCGGCUACAGCCGAGCCACGCUGCAAAACGACAUAGCGCUCAUCGAACUGGAGGAAUCGCUGCGAAUUCAGCUGCGCCGCGACCCGCGGGUACGGCCCAUCUGCCUACCGUCGGAGCCGUGCCGGGGCGGCGACGGGCCGGCGUGCUUUGAAGGCCGUACGGGCGCCGUGGCCGGCUGGGGCGUGCUCCGAGAACGCUCCAAGGACUACCCGGAGAACCUCCAGGAGGUGGAGCUGCCGGUGCUCACCAGCCAGGACUGCCGAGACAGUCAGCCGGAGGUCAUCACCGACGAGAUGCUCUGCACCAGCUACGAGUACGGCGGCAAGGACGCCUGUCAGGGCGACAGUGGCGGCCCGUUGACGGUAGCAGACGGGGACGGUUUGGCCAGCCAGGUGGGUAUCGUCAGCUUCGGCAAGGGCUGCGGCCACAAGGAGUACCCGGCCGUCUAUGUGCGCGUGUCAGAAUACUUCAAGUGGAUUACAGAAAACGCCAAGUUAUAAAUCUCAAGGCCAGCAAAACAUAGCAAGACGGAUUUGAAAUCAGUUCGUCCAAUCAAGUUGGUGUGGUGCGUCGUCUAAACGACAACGCAGAACCAGCAAAAUAUAUCAAUUGGCAUUGCAGAAAAUAUAUCAUGCAUUAAGAA